AUGUACAAGUUAUAUUGACUUGGGUUAGACCAGUGAACUUGCUCUAUUGCAACCAAGUUUCAAUCUCCUCUCUGUAAAUUCAGACUAUCGUGCCUAAUAAAAAAAUCGAUUUUGUUAAAUAGGUGUUUAUCGAUUUUAUGUGAGGUUUAUUUAUAAUUAACAACCCAAAAGAGAUUUUGAUGAUUUUUUUGGUGUCAAGAAAUUAUGAUAGUUCUUGACCAAAAAAGAAAAGAAAUUAUGGUAGUUGAUAUAAGAACAAUACCCAGUGGAUCGAACGAAAACACAUGGCUUCUCUGAGAGAUUCCAAGAGGAGAAAAAAGGAAAAAAGAAAAAAAGGACAAACUUGCACAACUUUUGACGGUGAGGUGGAAAGUUGCAGUUUUUAGGCGCCAAUAUUAAUAGCUGUUGUCCAGCUGGCGUCAUACUAUAAGUGCACACCACCACCUGGCAAGUGCCAAGUGGUAGUACAACACUACAACUGGAAAGCAAAACUGUAUCUACACACUGAAUUUAUUCUCUCCUCUUCCCCCUCAUCUCUCCUCCUCUGUUUCAUCUUUCUCCCAUUCUCCCUUCAAUCUUCUCGCCCUCAUGGAAAAAAUUCAGCACACAAAUGUGCAAGUGAGAGAACUAAAGCUUCAUGUAGCUGAAAUCGGAAGCGGUCCAAAGGUGGUGCUUUUCUUCCAUGGGUUUCCGGAAAUCUGGUACACAUGGAGGCAUCAAAUGGUUGCUGUGGCAAACAAGGGGUAUAGAGCAAUAGCCUUUGAUCACAGGGGCUAUGGACUUUCGGAGCAGCCAGCUGAACCCGAAAAGGCAACCUUGCUCGAUCUUGUUGACGAUGCUGUUGCUCUUUUAGAUUCUUUGGGCAUUGACAAGGCUUUUAUUGUAGGGAAGGAUUUUGGAGCUCUGUCUGCAUACCGAGUAGGUGUCCUUCACCCAGAGCGGGUAUGUGCAAUCAUAACACUAGGAACACCUUUCAUUCAACCGGGUCCCUCUGUUGUCCAAAAUCAUCUCCUCCCAGAAGGUUUCUACAUAUCAAGGUGGCAGGAGCCGGGGCGGGCAGAAUUAGAUUUUGGCCGCUUUGAUGUGAAGACAGUGAUAAGGAACAUCUAUAUUCUCUUCUCUAGAAGUGAGAUCCCAAUAGCUGCUGCUGAUCAAGAAAUCAUGGACUUGAUUGACCCUGCUACUCCUCUGCCACCAUGGUUUUCCGAGGAAGAUCUCUCUGUCUAUGCAUCUUUAUAUGAGAAAUCUGGAUUCUGUUUUGCACUGCAAGUUCCCUAUAGAAAACUAAAAGUGGAUCGCAGCUUAAUUGAUCCGAAAGUGUCAGCUCCAUCACUGCUUAUCGUGGGUGAGAAGGACUACAGCUUAAAGAUGCCGGGAGUGAACAACUACAUACGGAUGGGGGCAAUGAAGCAUCUUGUGCCCGAUUUGGAUGUUAAAUUCAUUGAGGAAGGGACUCAUUUUAUGCAUGAACAAUUUCCGGAGCAAGUUAAUCAGCUAAUCAUUGCCUUCCUUGGCAAACAUGGUGCAUGAUGCAGAUGCUUAGUGUGCCUGAGGAACAAUAAUAAUCCAUGAGAGAAGAAUAAUGUCAUGUAUGCAUGGUAUAUACUAAAAAGACUGGGCCUUAUCAACUUUAGGCUAGAAUAUCACUGCCAAAAGAAAGAAGAUAAGUUUUUUCUUUCAUGUUUGGAAUUAACAAAUUACUUAUUCUGUAAUGUUUACCUGGAUUUCACAUGGGCAGUGGCGGAUCCAGGAUUCAAAAGUCAGGUAGGCGAAAUUUACCUUAAAAACUCGACGGUACGAGUGAAUUUUAUUCAUUCAUAAAAAUAAAAAGAUACACCUAGUCAGGGGGACGUAAUGAGUCUUACCCUCAAAUAUG